UAAUCGUGACCAAUUUUUCCCGCCUCUGCCAUGCUGCCGCGCCGCAGCUGCGGAACCCGCCCUUUGCUAUUUGACACUGACAAACCCAAAACCAACCAUCGAACUUCCUUACUUUUUAUACCAGCAAGGCCCCGACCAAGGACAAUAGCACAUCCUUAUUAGCCGCAGAGGCGUGUAGAGAAAACAGCCAACAAUGAAGGUGGAAACUCCGCAAAUCCUGUGGAAUUCUGAAGAGGAAAAAGGAAUCAAUGCUGCGUUGAAUUCUAUUUCCAUGUUGGAGAGCGGCUUGUCGGAUGAGAAUGGCACCAGCAAUGCUGCUGCUGCAGAGCGCAAGUAUGACAAUGUGUUGGUCACGGCUGGGAAUGGCAACGUGAUCAAUCUAUGGAAACUGUGCUUUGCCUCUUCUUCCAGUUCUUCCAGAAACAACGAAAACACUGCCUCCGCCACUUCCUCUGCCAAUUCUUCUUCUUCCGACCCUUUUUCCAAACGAGGCACCAAGAUUGAGUAUCUGUGUAGCCUGACGCGACAAGAGCUGUCUGUCAAUACAGUUGCCUUUAGUCCAGACGGUCUGCAUCUCGCCACGGGAGGAGAAUCUGGCUCGAUUGUCAUUUGGUCUGUUCCUCCCAAUCGGCGCGGAAAUGGCAAUGGUCGCCACCAUUGGAGUCUCAUUGGGAAUGAAAAUGAGUUGAGUAUCAGCAUCAUCGGUGGACAUCGAGGAGGGAUUUGCGAUAUUUCAUGGAGUGCCGACUCGAAACGAUUCAUUGCAGGGACCAUUGAUCACUCUGUCUCAGUUUACGAAGACAAAAACUACGACGCCAAUCAAAAAGCCAUGAGCGAAAACAAAGUGCCCGAGAAAAGCCAAUGGCAUUUGGAACACCAAAACUCUAUGGACCAUACACUCUUUGUCCAAGGGGUUGCCUACGAUCCACUGGGGGUAUACCUGGCCAGCAUGGGAAGUGAUCGGACGGUUCGGGUCUUUCCUCGCAAGACACCCUCCAAGGCCAAGAAGAAGAUUUUGAGGCCUUCCAAUGCUGUUGCCGCCGACUGCUGUCCGCCGGUGGAGCAUCAACGAUUGGUCGAACAGAUCCUUACCGACUCAAAAUUAGAACUGGGAAAGUCCAAGCAAAUCAAAUUCCGUCAGCUAACGCAGAACAGCAACAACAAUGACACGGAACAUCAGGACAAGAAACAACGUCGCCACUUGUAUGCGGAUGAAGCCACACACAACUCCUCCUUUCGACGCCUUGCAUGGACCACUGAUGGAGCCUACUUGGUCACCCCAGCAGCAUUUUGGCAUGCCGACGAGGUCAAAUCCGAUCCCAAUGACAAGAAUUUACCAUCCUAUGCUACCUAUCUUUUUGCACGGCAUCGAUUUGAUGAACCCUACAAGGUCCUCUAUGGGUUGGAAAAGCCUUCGGUGGUAGUUCGGCCAAGUCCGGUUCUGUACAAAUUGCCAACUUCGGGUGUUGCGACAGAGUCUCCCUUGAAAGCCGACUGCAAGGAAAAUGAAGCUCCUUUGAGUAGAAGCCGAGGACUACCCUACCGUAGUGUGUUUGCGGUCUUGACCAUUGACAGCAUUCUUGUGUACGACACUCAUCAUACCCGGCCUCUUUCGGCGGUGCGCGGUUUGCACUAUGCCAGCUUCAGCGACUGUCAUUGGUCCAAUGAUGGCACAAAGUUGGUGGUUUCUAGCCUGGACGGAUACGUUUCCAUUGUUUCCUUUGAAAAGGGUGAGUUUGGGGAGGUUUACACGCCUGUGGGCGCUUUGGAAGCAGCUCCGCUGUCCACUUCUCCCGCUACCACCGCCAAUCCAUUGCAAGCUCAGAGCUCCAACAUCAAACCCAGCGUCCUUCUCCAGCAACAAUCGAAAUGGAAGCAGAGCAGCUUGGAAACUCCCUCGAUUCCUCCAUGCGAACCCGGACAAAGUGCAACCCUUGAGGCGCCUCCUUCCAAGCGCGCCAAAAAGACACGAAUUGCUCCCACGCUGAUUACUCGCAUCGAAGCCACCACCGGCAACACGACAACCGGCAACACGACAACGACAACCAACUUUGGAGCGCCUUCAACAGAAGAUGCUGGCAAAGGUCUGGAGACUGCACCCAGUUCCCACACGAAACGUUCUGCCGAUGAGAUUUUGGAGCAUGAAACUCACACCAAGUUGACCUUGAGCAACAGCGAGAAACCCAAGAAGAAGAAACGGAUUCAACCUCUACUCGUGUCAGCGGCCAACAUGUGAGCGUUCUCUUGAUUGGGUUCUCUACUUCUCUCGGCGGGUGGGUCGGUGAUCACAGUGUCUUGUAGUGACUCCUUAGCGACUCGGGGCGGUCGUUUGUAUCGAUUGUGCAGGCACCAAUAUGUGGCGCCAUCAGAAAAAUAAAGCCGCAUAACCAUCAUCCAUGCGUUUACUGUAAGCAAUCUAUUAUUUCUAAGCCACCUUGGAGUUCACCAUAAUACUAGCUAGCCUCAUUAGUUAGUACCGGUA